GAAACACUGCGCUAAGUCGAAUGGAGUUCACGCCAAUCAAAGGCAGACGCUUCUCGUCGCCUUGCAACGCUGCGACUCGUAUCAGCCUCACCUCUAGGAAGGAACCUGCAACGUCUGAGCGACCUUACACACAGCGUCGCUCCGCGGCGUCCCCAAGUGUGUGAUAGCCCAGCCAUGGGGCGGUGUGUGUGUAUGUGUGUGGGGCGGCUUGACAUCCUUGACCCUGCCGUCGAAAGCCCCGACAGCGAAGACUUCACCCCUCUCCUAUGGCCUGGCGUGGGCAGUGGAGGGCGGUAGUCAUAGCGAAGACCAGCGGGUUAUGGCCGGUUGCGGAUCGAACCGGCUCCUUUACGAUUUGCCUCCCGCGGUCAUGUGCAAGUUCUACGAGAUCAUGGACGCGCUGGACCGGGCCGAGUGGGAGCGUUUCGCUUCCAGGAUUGUACGAAACCAGGUUGAAUUGCGACUGUAUGAGAAGAUGGAUGGGCGGACGCACAACCUUAUGUGGACCUGGAUGAAUCGCAACGCCUACGUUGAUGAUUUAAUUCAGAUACUCGAUGACUUGCAACUGUACCGGGCACGUGAUAUCAUUUUUUCAGGGCCUUGAAUCUCUGCCCUCCACGUGCCCUUUUGAGUGGCAGCUAGAAGAGUUGCGCCAAGCUACAGACGACUUCUCUGAACAUCUCAAGAUUGGUGAAGGAGGUUUCGGCUGCGUCUACCAGGCCCGAUUACGCAACACUGUCUAUGCUGUGAAACGGCUCAAGGAGGAAGCAGAACUGGACUGGACUAUAAUAAAGAACAGUUUUGUCACAGAAGUGGAAAAACUUUCCCGGUUUCGCCAUCCUAACAUUGUAGAGUUUGCUGGUUGUUGUGCUGAACAGGGAUGUUUCUGCCUUGUCUACGUCUUCCUGCCCAAGGGAUCCCUGGAAGAUCAUUUACAUGGCCAGGUUGAUGCUUGCCUCUCCUGGACACAACGACUCCAUGUGGCUCUGGGCACUGCCAGAGCUAUUCAGUUUCUGCACAGUGACUCUCCUAGCCUUAUCCACGGAGAUGUAAAGAGCUCUAACAUCCUCUUGGAUGCAGCACUCAAUCCACGGCUGGCUGAUUUUGGAUUGGCACGGUUCAGCCGCCGACCAAAGCAGGGAGGGAUAAGCAGUUCACUGGGCCAGACCCAGACCGUGCGGGGUACAUUGGCCUAUCUACCUCCUGAGUACGUCCGGACUGGGAUGCUUUCUACUGCUAUUGAUAUCUUCAGCUUUGGUGUGGUUCUUCUAGAACUCUUGACUGGGAGACGCCCCAUGGAAGUAGAUUCUCGUGGACACAGCAAGUACUUAAAGGAUCUGAUAAAUGAUGAAGAAGAGCAAGAAGUUGUGUCAACGGACACAACGUCUUCCAGUCAUACCAAAGCAGCUCAGCUUGGCAGCCAUCUCUACCAAAAGCACGUGGACCUGCGGUGUGGCCCCUGUCCAGAGGAACUGGGCAAAACACUAGGAAAGUUGGCUUGUUGCUGUCUCCACCCGCGAGCCAAGCGACGCCCUUCGAUGGCUGAAGUCUAUCAAGAGCUAGAGGGGCUACAGUUACUCCUAUGUGGGAAGUCUUCUGCCUUUUUACUACUGCCUCCCCAGCAACCUCAAGCACCCCAAGAAGACUACUAUUCAUCCACGCCUCUUAAUGAACCCGAGGAAAGUGAUGAAAGCUUAGAGGCCAACUCCAAACUGUUGAGCCGCCCACGAGUGACCAGAGAAAGUGUGUCUAUUGGUCAGUUAGUGCCAUUGCUGAGCCACCUCGUGAACCUGAAGAGAGUGAUGAAUUUGAGUGACAUGAAUUCAGCAAGCACAGGACCAAAGUUCUCAUAGCGCUGACAGCACUUUGCAAAUUACAGGGGGUCAUGCCAUCCUCUUUGGAUGCCAAGCCUGUUCCCUGCUUAGAUGGUACCAGUGUGGCACACGCGUUUCUGGUAGAAUUUGGCUUCAGGCCAGCAGUCUGCUGUAAAUGGAAGUCGUCAUUGGAAUUACGAAUGGAAAUCAAAACUGGUGGGGUGGGAGUGGUUACGAUGUGGAUUUUCAUGGUUAUACAAGUUCCUCACUACAUGCUCCCUUUCUCUGAAUAGAUAAUAAAACAUUUUAUAUAUA